UUUGAUUGUUUGGGUCUCCCUAAACUUCCCGUCCAAAACUGAACACAGGGAAUCCAAUUAUUCAUGCUAAGACAUCGGACGUCCCCUGCAGGACUAGAUAAAAUCYUAAAACAUGCCAAAAAAAGUUGCAGUUGUUGGUGGAGGGAUAUCUGGCCUUGCUGCGGCUGCAUCACUAGUUGACCAAGGCUUUGACGUUCAUUUGCUAGAGGCUUCAGAUUACUUUGGAGGAAGACUCAAACAAGUGGAGGUAUUUCCAGGAUUUCCACCAAUUGAUCUUGGAGGGGAUUUUAUUCAUGGUUCAACCAAUGUCACACAUCAGCUUGCAGAGGAAAAUGGAUGGAAAGUAAAAAAGGCAUAUGACUGUCCAGGAGAGCCACCAAUGGCUUCMUGCAUCUACAUUGAUGGAAAAUUGUAUGGACUCAAUGAAAAAGACCAUCCUGACGUGCUUUCCGCAAAAAAAGCAUUUGGUGACAUCUUUUUACUGAUGAAGGAGUAUUUAUCUAACACAAAAGGAAAUGACAGCAACAAGGAAGUUACUGGUCAAGUGAUGAGGGACCAAGAUCAAAUCUCUGGAAUCAGUUUACAUACUUGGCUUCAGCAGAAAGGAUUUAAUCARAAAACAAUUGAAAUAGUAAAUUCUCAUUACUGUCAAUGCCAUGGAGGAACACUUGAUUCUAUGGGUCUCUUAGAAACAGGGCUUGAUGAUGUCCUAUGGGAUAGUGGCAAUGGUAACUACAGGUUGGAAGGAUCAUAUUCCGUUUUGAUCUCCUACUUUUUACAAAAAUGUGAUAAAGUCGACAAAAGAUUAAAUUGKCCUGUUGAGAAAAUCAACUGGAGGAAAAAACUGGAUGAUAAUUCCAGCCAAAUGGUUUGUCUUACCUGUCAAAAUGGSCAACAACUACAAGUAGACUAUGUUGUAAUAACUGUCCCAUUGACCAUACUUAAAGCUAAAGAUAUCCUCUUCACACCUCCAUUACCCAUCAAUAAACAACAUGCCAUCAACUCAAUCUACAUGGGACCAGCAUUAAAGAUAGUCUGUCGGUUUAAGAAGCCUUUUUGGGGUGAAACUCUGGUCAUUUAUUGUCCAGGGUGUUUUAUUCAUCAUGUCUGGACUUAUUCCCGUGAUCCAAAACCAGACGGCGAGGAAUGUCAUGUUGCUGUGGGAUUCGAAACCGCAGUGGCAGCUGCACAGAAAGUUCACCUCUCUGAUGAAAUUGUUUGUGAACAAUUUGUCCAGCAGUUGGAUGAUAUAUAUGGGACAAAGACAGAGCCCAAGCCAGCGACAGCAAACCUAAUGAGCUUCGUGUACUACCAUUGGUCAAAACAUCCAUAUGUAAGAGGAGGGUAUAGUAGUCCCACUGUAAAUACCCAUGGAAUGCGUAAACAUCUUGCUGAUCCAGUUGACGGCAAAUUGUUCUUUGCUGGUGAAGCUACUGAAGAAUGUGGGUUUGCUACUGUSCAAGCUGCUCUUCGAACUGGUCUGAGAGCAGCCAAAGAAGUAUGCAAAGCUAGUGGCAUUGGUGAUAUAAACCAUAAAUUAUAAAUAAUUAUAUAUAUAUAUUUAAAAGUAGGAUGAUUUUAGAUUUUACCAAAUUCAAUAUUUUAAUGAAAAAUGGGUGUAUUGAAGGGAUGAAAGGGAAAAGAAGAACCAGCAUAGUGAAACACUGAACUCUUUCUUGUUAUUAAACACUUACUAAAGCAACCAUCAAAAAAUCUCC